AUGGACAGCAUCGCCUCUCUCCCCGCCGCAUCGGACUGCGCGGAUCCGCUGCUAGCACGGCUGCAGGACAGUUACACGCGACAGAAGCGUCAGCUCACGGCACAGAAGCGGAAGCAGGUGGAUGUCGAACUGCAGGCGGCCGCGGCGCACUGUAGCGACUCGCCUGCGACUCUAGAGCUUUUCUCUGACAGAACGGCGUCCCUCUUCGACGAGCUGGAGCGGUUGCUGGGGGUCCGCCAUGAGCAGUGGAACACUCCUAGUCGCGAGCUGGCCCUGCUGCAGCACAUUCGGGUACAAGGGAACCGGGAGCUGCGCGAGUGUAUGUCGUUCAUUGAGGAGGGCUACACAUCCGGGUUCGAGAAGCUGCUGCGCGAAAGCCGGCUCGAGGGACGGAAAGCAGAGCUCCCCAAGGCAACCGCGUCCUGUUCGCCGGCGACAAGCAAGUCGAAUAGUGUGCAGCAACCAAAGGCCGCGUCGGUGGGGUCAUCGGUGACGCCAGAGGAUGCGCCUUCGCAUCUCUCGGUGAGGGAGGCGCUCUCAGAGUCUAUUAGUCUUAUGGCGGAAUCUUUGGCAGUGCUGCUGCAGUGCGAGGUGGUGCGAGUGUACCUCUACGACACCAACGCGCAUCUCAAGUGCGUCGCGCAGUUCCCUUACCGUGCCCGGCACGCCGACCCGAUGCACUCGAGCUACCUCGCUCUGAUGGCAGUCCGCGAGGUUCAUCACAUUGUGUGCCAAGAGCACCUAGUUAUCAACGGCUGGCUCAGCAAAUCGCAGAGCGCCAGCGACGGCAGCGGCAGCGCAACUGCCGCGCACAACGUCGGAAGCAGCACCGCAGCCAGCGGGCUCGAGGACAUUCGAACCUGUCUGCUGCUGCCCAUCUUCUCCCCGGAAGGGGCAGGAAAGCCGUACGGCCUGGUGCACGCGGUCAACAAACAGUAUCCCACCGCCCUCGGUGUCGCGACCGACGACACGACGGAGGUCGCGCACGUCGGCUUCACUGCAGACGACGAGAUGCUCGCAUCGAGCGUCGCUCGCGUGCUCGGAACCAUCCUCCGCCGCUACCCUGUCGAGCUCUUCUUCGCCUCUGCCACGGGCGAGAAGCUACGUCGGAGUGCUUUUCCCGGCGAUGCCGAGGUGCUAAGCCUGACGGCGCAUCUGCCGCCCGUCCUGCAGGACGAUGUUCAGGAUGCUGCGGAGGUCGGUCAGCUUGCCUUGUCCCACCUCACGCCCAUUCUGGCGCAUCGAGUGCCCAUGGAUGCCAUUUACGAGGCUCGUACCGCGGCCGGGGAAGGCCGGCGGCGUAAGCUGGCCGUCAUCGGACCCCGCGAAGGCGCGGUUUCCUCCGUCGAAUUCAAUCUGCGCUGCAUGAAGGAGCUGUGGGAGAGCAGCCGGGAUGACAACGCGACGCUGCACAAGCAAUGCCGCACCUUGCAAGAGCAGGUGCACGCGAUGCGACUGCUCUUGCGCAAUGUGCUGGACGGGGUGGCCGUCGCACGCGCGAUGCAGCUUAGCACUGAAGUGGCACAGUUCCUCCACAACCUUGAGAUGUACGGGCGGACAGAGCGGACAGAGCGCAUGGCAGAGUACGUGUCGGAGAAAAUGCUAGCCAUCCCUGAUACCACCGCCCGCGGACCUGGUGCCGCGGACACGAAUGCUACGCAAUACCAUAUGCGCGGCAGCGACUUACAGACUCUUCAAAAUCAUCACGCUUGCCUCAACACGGUGACACCCGCCUCACUGCACUUUGACGGCCCCAGCGGCGUCCGCAGCUACACUUCCGAUCCAGCGCAGAAGCGUGAGCAGGUGCGCUUCAUCGACGAGCUGUGCCGCCUUGCCCGGGACGAGAAGCCCUCGCUGCCGUUAGCGCGCGGAGGAGAUGGUCGCCGGCAGGCACUGCCCAGCACCUUUCCUACUGUUACUCCCGCAAAGGCGGUGAGAGGAACAAAGCACGCGGUAAAGCAGGAUCUGUACCCAUUUGGACGCCCUUUCAAGCUGUGA